CUUCAACUCGUCAGUUGCUUGAUGUCGGUUGAGUGCGCUACACUGUAUGUCAGAGACACGGUACUUUUGCCUCACAUUUAGUGGAACACAAGGCAAGAAUUUUGUGAGCAAAAAUUGCAAGUUUUCUGCCCACAUCGAAUAACAACGAAAAAAAAGUUGAGAGUUUGCAAUUCCGGAUAAAAGGAAUCCCGGUUCAUGGAACGCUGAGUGUCCGAACAAUUGUGUGUGCCCUCUCCAAAAAAAAAGUAUUUGGAUUAAUAAUACUCUAAAAGAGAUAAAAAGAGUGGUGUGGUGCUGCACAAACCUCGUGUGUCGAAGGAUUUGCAGAAAUAAAAUCGCGUGAAGUGUGAUCCUCGCGGAAAUGUUGAGUGUUAAGUGAAGAAAAAAAAAUAAGAAAGAUCCUUAAACAAGAAAGAAAAAAAUCUCAAGGAUCGCGAAGAUGCAUCCUAAUCCCCCAAAUGGAUUAACCAUCGUGUUUCAGCACUGUGAUUCCACGCAUCUAUCUCACUGAAGAGCAAAGUUCUUUUUUUUCUGUGUGGCAAGAGGAUAUACCAUUUAACCGCCUCCUCCCCCAAGUGCUUGAGAAAAAGAAAAUCUUUUUGCUUAAAAAGUUUGAAAAAAAAACCUUCCCCUAUCAAGACUCCUAGCAUUUUGUGGAUUAACCCCCGACAACGAUCUGCAACUAUGAAUUGGAUUAAUUUCACUCUAGCUCUGUGGAUCUUAACCAUAUCUUUGGUUAUUCAGGUGGAAAGUUCUGGUCUGUUUGAGCUUAGGUUAAAGUAUUUUAAAAAUGACAACGGAAGGGACAACACUGGCGUAUGCUGCAGUGGACGAUCGGAUUCGGUGACCGGAAAGUGCAUUGGAACGUGCAAGACACGAUUUCGCGUUUGUCUUAAGCACUACCAAGCUAAGAUCGAUACAACAUCCCAAUGCACCUUCGGUGAUGUCAUGACCCCCGUUCUCGGUGAGAAUACCAUCAACAUGACGUCACAGAGCCAGCAAAUCGGCUUCGUCAAUCCCAUUCAGUUUCCCUUUGAUUUCGCCUGGCCGGGUACAUUCACAUUAAUUGUGGAAGCAUGGCAUGACACUAAUGAGACGAUAACAAGAUCACCUGGUAUUUUAAUAUCGAGACUGUCGAUUCAACGAGUUCUGGAUGUAUCGUCCAAUUGGACUGAGGACAAGCAUGAGUCCGUCUAUACGACCAUCCAGUACGAUUUCCGGGUAACCUGUGACGCCCACUACUACGGAACCGGAUGCGCAAAUCUCUGCCGGCCGCGCGAUGAUCAAUUCGGGCACUACACCUGUUCAGCCACGGGGGGUAUUGUCUGUCUCUCCGGAUGGCAGGGGGACUACUGCACCAAACCACGCUGCCUGCCAGGCUGUGACGAACAACAUGGACACUGCACGGUGCCCAAUCAGUGCGUAUGCCAGUCAGGUUGGAAAGGUGAACUGUGUGAUGAAUGUGAACCCUACCCGGGUUGCAUGCACGGUACAUGCAAGAAACCCUGGGAAUGUCGCUGCAACGAAGGCUGGGGUGGGCUUUUCUGCAACCAAGAUCUCAACUACUGCACCAACCACCGACCAUGCCAAAAUGGUGGCACAUGCUUCAAUACUGGUCAAGGAUCCUACACGUGCCAAUGCCCACCCGGGUUUACGGGUGUUGAUUGUGACAUUGUGAUCAGUAGCUGUGAGAAUUCACCCUGUCUCAAUGGGGCCACGUGCAGGGAUGAAAUGCCACGUGGGUACCGCUGUGAGUGCCGCAAAGGUUGGACUGGGAAGCACUGUGAUCGUGAGACCGUAACGUGCGCCGAUAAGCCGUGCCUGCAUGGGAAGUGUCGUGAUACGAAUCAGGGGUUUAAGUGUGAAUGCCCAUAUGGGUAUAGUGGACUGAAGUGUGACACGCAAGUGGAUGAGUGUAGCCCAUCGCCAUGCCUCAAUGGGGCGACGUGCAUUAACAAUGGCAACAGCUAUCACUGUCAGUGUCCGUCUGGUUUUGCGGGGAAGCGAUGUGAACGGAAUAUCGACGACUGCCAGGGCAAUCCAUGCUUGCACGGUGGCACGUGCAUCGAUAUGGUGAAUCAAUUCAGGUGCCAAUGUGUACCCGGGUACAUUGGGUCACUGUGCGAGAAUAAAGUGGACUUGUGCCUCACGAAACCCUGUGCCAAUGGGGGAACGUGUACGAAUCUCAAGAAUGACUACCGAUGCACGUGCAGAGCGGGCUUCAGUGGCAAAGAUUGCAGCAUUGACAUUGAUGAGUGUGCAUCGGCACCGUGUAGGAAUGGUGGUACGUGCGUGAAUCGCGUAAAUAGCUUCCACUGUGUGUGCACGAGUGGUUUCACGGGAGCACAGUGUGAGCAGGAGUACAAUGGAACAGUAGCGUGGGAUUCGUCAAAUAUUUCACGGCACGUGUCAUCCGUGAGUGGGAGCCCUGAGGCACACAGUGGACGCAGUGAUGAACUCAAUUCAGCCCAAAUUACAUUGAUAGUCAUCUUCUCAGCGGCCAUACCAUUUGUCGUGAUCAGUGCUGCCGCCGUCGUGAUGUGCAUGAAGCGUAAACGGAAGCGUGCCCAGGAGAAGGAUGACGCUGAAGCGAGGAAGCAGAAUGAGCAGAAUGCCUCGCACGGCGGGAUAGCGCAUCAUCAUCACAAUUCAAUGUCGUCAAAGAGGAGUAGCGCCAGUGGGAUGGGUUUGGAUGCAGCAUCGCACAACAUGAUAAAGAAUACGUGGGAUAAGAGCGUGAAUAUGUCCAGCUCUGUGAGUGUGGACGACUGCCUGCUCAAUGCAAGCCUCUACGCGAGUCCGCCGACCUUCAACGGUGCCGGCGGGACAGCAGAUACGGCUGAAUGCUACGGCAGUGCCCAGCUGUCACCGCUACAGCGUGCCCGGUCGCAGAAGCAGCUGAAUACGGAUCCGCUGGUGAUGCAUAGAGCAAGCCAGAUCAUCAGCACAUCACCAUCCGCCAAAGAUUUCCACGUACCGCCGCCAGAGAAGCGGAUAUCGGUGCUGUCGGAUGCAACACUGUGCAACACACGGUGGAUGCCGCCCGUCAACCGCCAAAUGGGACCAUGCAGUCCGCCCCAUAUGUAGUGCUGUGCCCCUAGCUGCGCCGACACGCAGGUGUUGCCAGAGGUUUUUUUUUCAACAUCCUCUAAUACUUGAGAGAGGCAUAAAAUUCAGGUUUCAUUGAGAAUGGUGAUCGUGCAACAAAGUUUUUUCUUUUAACAAGACUCUCUGGCACACGAGACUAUUGAGAGCAAGUGCAUGGGAAUUUAUAUAGUUUUGUGUGUUGUUGUAUAUAUAUAAUACAAUUCCAAAAGGCAAAGAAAACAAGGCGAGAUAAAAAAAAAAAACAAUGAAAAAAAAAUUUUUAAAAAUAUAUUAAAAAAUCCCAGUAAUAUAUUGUAGAAAUGAAAAUUGAGAUAUUUAGUAUAAAUUAAUUAAAGAAUGAUAAAAAAAAACACUCUGUUAGUUUAUAGAAUGAUGAAAGAAAAUAAAUUUAGACUCUUAGAAUUAUCCAACUUUUCAAUUUCUCGAUGUAAGAUAAAUUUAUAUAUAAAUAAAAAUAUAAAUAUAAAUAAAAAAUUGUAAUAUUGUGAUCAAAACGAUUUAAUUUAUAGUAGAGUGUACGUUUAUUAGGCUAUAAUAAAUAAUAAAAACUAAGUCAAGACAAGGAAAACGAGAAAAGUUAGCGAAACAUUGAAUCACAUUUAACACGAGAUAUCCAACACCUUUUUCUCAGACAUACAACAACAAAAAGUAGAUUUAUAGAUAUAUAUGAAAAAUGGAUAUAUAUUAUUUGUAUUUCAAAAUGGACUGAACAAAUUUAUUCUUAAUAAUUCUAAAAUGUAGGUAAUUUAAUAAAAUGAAAAAAAGAAAUAUUGUGAAUGAAAAUUUAGAAUGAAAUAAAAAUUCCAAAAAAAGAA